AGAAAAAUGAUCAACUUGUGUGAGUAUUCAUCGUGACGAGUAUUGUAGGUAGGAGAGACACACGGAGCAGUACCCUUUUGGUAAGAGGAGCAGAACAUGGUCGAAUUAUAAAAAAACGACUCGUUUCCGACCUCUACGAAGAUGAGGCCCCCGUGGGCGGGGCUGCUCUUCACGGGCCUGCUCUGCAAUGCAAGAGCAGCCCCAGCCAAGGGUGGAGCACAACCUUGGCGCAAAUUGGGCUCUGCUGUGGACAUCCUGCUAUUGGAGGUAGACCCGAAUAACGCAGUACAACUACAGAAGGUGAAGGGUUUAGGGUUUAGAGAGCUGCAUAACCGAGGUCGAGGAGAACAAAGAGUGCGUCUUCUGAUCAGUAACAGAAGAAGUGGCGCACAACUACAACAGAACAAGAACAAAGGUCAGAAAAACAAGGACUACAUCAGGACGAUUGCGAAACAAGAAGUCAAGGCUGCUCGCUCUGUGCACGACAAGAAAGAGGCGGGCCACGAGGUAGAUGAAGUCGCCAAGAUCGAUGUGCCUACAGCUCAUCCUGAAGAUCUGAUCUCCGAGUCUGAUCUAGCACGCUUAGAAGACGAUGGUGACGAAGCAGAAAACCGCUUAGUCCUGGAUCUGCAGAAAAACGCCCAAGGAUCGAAGGUAAGCGCAGAAGAAAGUGCGAAUCUAGAGUUGGACACUCUGGAUAUGGAACUGCGGCAAGCACGCGAUGGACGUGCGAAAGAUCGGACUUCUCGGGGGGCUGGGAAGAUUACGGGAAGUGAUUGUUCACUAUUGCAGUCAACAGUUGAAGAUACAUGCACAUACUACGUACUUCAAGUCAAAACUCAAAAGGUUGUAUCAACGUGUUUAAUAUGAUCACUAAUUUAAAAAUAUUCCAAUAGCAGGACGACUCAAAGUCAAACAAUACAACAUCGUCGUAGUCGCUACUAUCUUUGCGCAGACCACUAGCCUUCUCUAAUCCUCAGCCAGAAAGCGCAGCAAUCGACUUUUUCCAACAGAAGAGUAUAGACCAAGCAACAGGUAAGAACAUCUUCACUUCUCUAUUCGGAGGUGAUAGCAGUACUAGUACUUCGUCAGAAUCUCGAUCUACUGCAUCCUCAAAGAAAACCACUCUUGCUGACGCCUUCUCCGCACUGGAUGAAGCGGUAGUGAUGGAUGACCUGAAUGCAGUAGUAGCAAAGGACAAAACAACUAGCUCGUCUAUAGAUGAAAUCAAAGAAGCUCCUGGUCCUGAUGUCGACGUUCGUCACGAAGAACCUAGAAGAACUGCAACAAUGGAAAAGCAUCAGAAAGCUCCUGUCGUAGCAGAAAGAGCCACAGCAGCUCUAGUUGUAAAAGCAUCACAGGUCGUCCAGAAGGCGGGCAAAGCAGCUACAGGAGGAAAACAGAUGAAGAAAAGAAAUGUCGUACAAGAAGAAGAGCAACCUUCCUUGGUUUCCCUGUACAAUCAACUUCCGAUAGACGGGAUGAACAAGGACGCUUUUUCUCCUCGUAACGACCAGGACAUCUCUUUGAGCACGAGCCACGAUCCUGCUGUUGAACAGCAACAGGUAUUCGACUUCGUUUUACCCUAUCCUCACUUCGCUGUCGAAAGGGUUCAAGAUGCUGGAAAGAGCUACCUGCUCUUGGUCUCCAUGAAGGACAACGUUUUGAAACAACAGGGUGUUCAGGAUGUGGAUCAGCUUAAGAUCAAGGCGGUGAAAGUAGAUGCAGUGCGUGAGGCUUUGACUGCUGCCACCAAGGCUUUGGCGCAGAAGAGUAAAAAUGAACGAGCCGAAGUCGAAGUGACAACCACUACUAGCACCAGUGAUGAAAGUUUCCUUUCACUUGUGCUUGGAGAAGAGAAGAGCAAUGAAGGAGAGAACGUCGCCACUACUACUAGAAAGAAGAAGACGAGCAACGUCAAGAGAAAGGCUGAGAAAACUCAUCUCAUAACUCAUCUCAGCAACAGCAAGAAGAAGACAAAGCCUGUAGUACCACCAGGAGAACAAGCCGCAGCCGCUGCGCCGCUCAGCUCCAUCAUUGAUCAGUAUUUCAAAGCUACUAGUACAGCUACAGCUUCUUCAGCAGGUACUUCUAGCACGUCUUCUUCUUCUACUUCGUCCACAGCUAUUAGUAGUGACGCAAAAGGUAGUUCCACAGAAGAUGAAGACAGCCAAAUGGAGAGCAAGUUGUUCCACGAAGUAAGCGGCACGACUACGGCUCAGGGUGAUGCGGCCAUUGCAGCAGGAAAUUUCGGCACAAAAACAGCCCUGGAGCGGGAUGUAGAGGAUUGGCUGGAUGUACAGCCAGCUUCUACUUCCUCUAGUUGGAACACUAGAAGGACCACACCUUCUUCUGUUGCAGGUAACAGAAAGGCAGCAUCUUCCAAGUUAGACAAGUGGAGCUCCUUGAAGGCAAAAUUUGCAGCUGCAAAAGUGCAGCAUGAAGAUCAACAGGAAAUAACAACUCAAGCACAGGUUCUUACGCCUUCAGCUGUGAAGAAGACUCGUCCAACUUCUACACGACCCAAUACUACUACGAAGAAAAAGCCGGAUCCUCUGAACACCUACUUUCUGAACAAGGACAAGAACCUGGCUGCAACUUCCGACGAUGACUCUACAUCCACAAGCGCAUCCUCACAUCAGAGUCACGAAGACAGUAACAUGAUUCGCGCUCAGAUAGAGCAGGAACAAGGAAUUCACUCUACGGCAGAUGAGAAAUUGCGUCAAUAUGAAAAACAGCAGCCUGUGCGGUCGACGGCUGCUUUCAGUUCUCGACGAGUGUAUUUUUAUUAAAGUUAAUAUAGAGAUGGUUCUUGAGGUCUUCGUCUUUCUCUUUUUCUACUCAAGAGCAUCGAUUGUGAAAAUUAUGUCGUUGAAUGGACUUCGUGGCAUUUACUCACAAUAAAAUCGGAAUUGCACUACUACAAAACACAUAGAUUCAAAAAAUAGCCUACUCUCUACUCAGGUCACCGCUAGCCGCCGCGCACUACGCUGUUCCAGCCUCGGCCACGAUGUCCCCUGCCAGCACUAGCGACCAAGAGCGACAUGUUCCGAUCUCACACUACGCACCGCUUCCUCGUCGCCCGCUGGUCAACGUGAAGCCAUUGGAGGGCAAACAGAAAGAGAAUCUAGACCACUUGUUCGAAACCGCGUCAGGGAAGGUGAGUACAACUACUGACGAGACGAAGUUGAAGGAUCAUGUCAUACAGGAAGAGGAUCAGGAAAGUGGAGGAGAGAGUGUCGUGAAGUCUGAAUCGAAAAGCAUUAACGGUGUUGCAGUUUCGAAAUCAGCCAGCACAACUGUUGCUAGUACAUCAUCAUCAUCUGGAAGCGAGCAGGGAGAUGAAGAUGAGGACGCGACAAGUGCGAUCUUACAUCCAGUGGAGACUUUGGUGAAAAAAGUAGAGAAGGAAGAGAAAAAAGUAGUGAAAGUAUCUGCUACGGCUGCCAAGACUUCCCCUACUCCCACUCCAGUGUCUAAGAAGACACCAGAAGAAGCGCCAAAGCAAGAACAUCGUCACAGUCCUCAGGUGCAGAUUCCCACGGAAGUGACAAAGAAAGCGACAGCUCCAGCUACUUCAUCCAGUACUACUUCUCCUAUAGUGCAACACCUGGAAGACAAAGACAAACUCCAAGCACAAGCACAGGUACUAGUUACGUCUCCACCAGCACCUACUUCUACAACUUCGACAAAAAGCUCAUCUUCAUCCUGGGAUGGCAUUUUGCAGAAUGAGAAGACUGUUCAGAAAGAAGAAAGAGCGGAAAAAGCAUCAGCUUCCCUGGACGCGGAUGUUGUAGACAAGAGGUCUUCUUCUAGCUCUCCUCUGGGUAUAAUUCAGGCUGCAAAGACACGGAACUCAACAAACAAGCCAGACUUAGUACUCUUACACGCUGAUGAGACUGGUAGAAGUAGUGGUACACGUGAUACUUCUUCCACGAAAACGCAGACUAAAGGCGCCAAGAUCGACCUUCAAGCAGAUCUCAAGUUACUAGACGGUCUCAAUGCGAAAAACGGGAAUUAUAGAGGAGCCAGUGUAGCCUACACUUCUAGUAGAAGAGCCAGCACACAGCUUGUGAAAACUUCUACGUCUUCCAGGACUAAAAGUAGAAGUACUGGUACUGGUACACAACUCUCCUCAAAUUCCGCUUCCGCAACUCAACAAGCUCACGUCACACGCGGUCGUCUUUCACGUCUUGCGGAGUCACUGUUCGGCGAUGAAGGUAAGCCUCAGCAUGGCGCACUGGAUGCCUGGCUCGCGCCUCCGAACUCGUCUGCACUUGAUGCUAGUACUAAGGACAAGGAGCAACCAGCUUCGUCGAGUACCUCAAGUACUCCAUCGAGUUCAAGCUCUGCUACUGCCGCGUCCUCUGCCGCAUCAUCUUCGCUUGCCGAUGCGCGUCAGCAAAUGGCAUUGGCAGAAAGGGAGGCUCUUGGCGGAGAGAGCAGCAAGACAGUUGUGGCAGAGCAUGAACUAGAAAGCUACCUGACGGAGGAGAAUGGAAAGGACAGGGAGGAGAAUGAGAACACGGCUAAAGGAACAUCAGACCAUCUUCAUUCCUCUCGAUCAAAACAAGAAUCUCUCUUAGAAUUAAGGCUCAACUUUCAUUGGUCAUAGAGGUUGGUCACUGAAAUCGAAGAGGGCCCCCUUGAGAGAACAGGGGAAACCGAAGGGAAGAAGGGGAAAGCUCUGUAAGGGGCCUGGCCCCGUUCAGAGUCGGUGACCAAUGACUGCUGACCUUUAAUGGGAGAAGGACAAGAGCAGUCUUCGUCUGCAUCUUCUGCAGAUCAGUUUGAGAAGCUCGAUGCUGAUCGCAUCUUCGAUGCUGUUUCACGCGCACAACUCCUGAAGGAUGACUCCAAGAAGGACUGGAAUACUUCGUCUAUGGUGAACAAGCAGAAACUAGUGCCAGUGGAAGAAAAGUCUGCAGUGGCAGACGCAGGUCGUGUGGCUUCAUCGACAGAGAAAAAGGACUCUUCAUGGCUAGAUAUCAAGCAGGCUUGGACCCCACCUGAGGAGAGGAAGGAAGAGCCACACAAGAAUGUAUACUUGAAAUUUUUGCAAAACUAGGAUGUGAAAUCAACGUUCUUGUGCUUGUGUUGAUGUUCGUUGUAGAAGGGGGGGGGUAAAUGUGCUAAAGAACAAGUAGAUGAGAAAGAUUUGCAAUUGCACAGAGAUGUUGAUGUACAGUGAAGAUGAAUUUUUCUUGUAGCGACAAGUAGUACAAGACCCCGACUUUGGCAGAAGAUUUUUUUUCCAAAAAAACAGACCAGCGAGCAGAGAUAUUUUUUCGAUUGAACAGUUACAGUUAUCAAAUUUAAGAUACAGAAGAUAGAAACUGCCACGGAAGCUGCUCAAUCUUCUGUGCGAACAAGCGGCAUUAUUUCUCAGACAAUCUUAGACCGAACUCAGUAU